ACUCAGUAGCCCCUUGGAGGCCCUCGGUGGCCUUCCCCCAACUCUACCCCAACCGCGUCCUCCCGAGCCCCAGCGCCCCCUGCACGGCCAUGGAGGCCCAGCCUCGGCCCAGCCUCGCUGCCGCCGCCUCCUCCACGCAGCCGCUCCGCUCGGAGCAUGUGGUGAGGCUCCGGGAGGAGCAGGAAAAGGUGGUCACUGGCUGCCAAGAAAAGAUCCAGCAUUGGAUGAAAGUGGAGCGUGACUAUGAGGCUCUUCAAGAAAGACUCACUACGUUGCCUGAUAAACUCUCUUAUGAUAUUAUGGUACCUUUUGGUCCUCUUGCCUUCAUGCCAGGACAGCUUGUUAAUACCAAUGAAGUCACAGUUUUACUUGGGGACAACUGGUUUUGCAAAUGCUCAGCAAAGCAGGCUGUAGGUUUAGUAGAACAUAGGAAAAAACAUGUUCGGAAAGCAUUGGAUGAUUUAAAAAAAGUGAUGAAGAACUUUGAAUCAAGAGUUGAAUUCACAGAAGAUUUAAAGAGAAUGAGUGAUGCAGCAGGUGAUAUUGUUGAUAUAAGAGAAGACAUUAAAAAUGACAUUGAAGUUAAAGGAAAGCACAGAACAGCUCAUAGACCUCAUUCAAAACCAAAAACUUCAGAUGUUUUUGAAGCAGAUUUUAUAGAUGACCCAAAAUCCGAGGGCAGUUUCCUCAGUGAGAAGGAACUGUGGGCUCGACUUGAUGAACUAGAAAGACAAGAAGAUCUUUUGGGAGAACUCGAUAAAAAAUCUGAUGCUGUGUUUGUAAAUGGAGAUGAUAUAAGCUCUUCUGAAGAGGAGAAAGAAGAUCAAAAGACAGCUGUGACUGUGAAACACGGAGUAACAGACUCUCCUACUCAGGACAGUUUUCAAAAGGACAUUACAGAUUCGAAGUUACUUAGUGGUCAAGUGAAUGGUUCAAGUUCUUAUAGUGAUGAUGAUGAUGAUGAUGAUGAUGAUGAUGAUGAUGAUGAUGAUGGUUUAGGAGUUGGAGAUAAUUGUGUACCAACUAUAUAUUUUUCUCAUACAGUUGAACCUAAGAGGGUACGAAUAAAUACUGGGAAAAAUACUACUUUAAAAUUCAGUGAAAAGAAAGAAGAAGCCAAACGUAAACGGAAGAAUAGCAAUGGCAACAGUAGCCAUUCUAUUCCAGAACUACCCAACAUCAGAACUCCUGCUGAUGUUUAUAGAGUCUUUGUUGAUGUUGUAAAUGGAGAAUACGUCCCUCGUAAAUCAAUUUUGAAGUCUCGGAGCAGAGAGAAUAGUGUGUGUAGUGACACCAGUGAAAGCAGUGCUGCUGAGCUUGAGGACCGGCGAGGAGUGAUGAGGAGCCUCAGUCAUGAUGAAGCUGCCUGCACCGAUGCCAGUGAAGGGAUUUUGGAUCAGCAAGAAAAUCAACAGAAAAAGCUGUUAUCCCUAUCAGGAAAACUUGAGGCUUUUUCUGGAACCGUAAUAGAAAAGGAACUUUUAUCUCCUGUAAUACCACACCCAGGCACUGUGCAUCCUGUAUUACCAACCAUACCUGAACGAAAAGAAUUUUUGUCAGAAGUAUCAGAAGAAACUACAAAAAGGAUUUCAAAAUUCAAAGCUGCCAGAUUGCAACAGAGAAACUAGGCCUGCCUAGAAAAUGGAAAUUUGCAUCUUAAAGCACAGUUUUGCAAUUUGUUAUAAAUGUCACUUACACGUAGUUAGGAGUAAUGCAUCCAAUGUUAUUUUGGCAGCAAGUUCUUUUUCUCUCUUUAUCAGUGGUAUUUAAAAAGAUUAAAAAUAAAUGUUUUGAAUACUUGAAUGUUCACUUUAUUUUGUUAAUUUCUUUGUAUGCUGUCAGUACCUUUGUCUAUGUUUGCUUCAUGAUGCAGUAGCAGCAUUUGGAAUUAUUUUUCAAAGAAUACUAUUCACAUGCAUUGUUUUUGUGUUUCAACCUAAGUACAGGCAGUUUUGUACCAGCUGUGAUGUUCUGCAUACCAUAUGGACCAUUUUAAAGAAACUUUAAAAAUUUCAAAUGGAUUCAACAAUUAUAUUUCAUUACUUGCUUUAGCAUUUUAAAGACAGUUUUGUAUCUACAUUGUUGUAGGUUUUGCAAAUAGGUGGCUGUUUCAAAAUUUGUUUCUUUUCCCCUUCUAGUAAUUUCUCUUAUGAUGUAACAAUCUUUGAGGCAGAAAAACUGUUUACAUAUUGUAAAGGGAAGUUUCUUUGAUGGGAAAAAUGGUAUUUUGUAAAAUAGAAUUUUUUCAAGUAAAAAAAAUUAUGAAAUC